AUGGCGGAACAGGCGCCACCUCCACAGCAGCAUGCUCCGGGAGGCCACUACAGUGGAAGGAAUAAGAUUCCCACUGUUGGGGAGUUUAUAGAUCGCUUGGACAAAGACAAGAAGCAGCGUGACCAGCAAAUCGAUCAGAGUAAAGCAGCAAAGGGAUCCGACGUCGUCGUCCCACAUAAGAAUGAGGAGAAGCGAGAUCCAUCAGCUGGAAAGAGAGUCACAGACCCGACGACAGGAAAACAGGUGGUAAUAGAGGAUGUCAAUGAUGCAUAUCUGGAAAGAUCGAAGAACCCCGUACUCUCUGUGCCCAACGCCAACUUGGGCAAGGACACGCCAGUGAAGACGGACUCUUCACAGAGCGGUGCAGAGUACAAGGAGAUGCAGGACAUUACAGCGCCUCCAGAUCCGGUGGCGGAAGGUUCUACAAGCGAUGUUCCAAUUCAUGGCGAAAAGACAAACAUCCUAUUCCACCCAACGCCCUCUGUCAGUUACGAGGCGACUUUUCAGAAACUGGAAGAGCGAGGCUUGUGGCUAGUCAUUGGCGUGUUCAUUGCUAUUGUUGUUCUUGGGCGAUCAUUCGGAGGCAAAUUCAUUGGCAUCAUUCCUCUGGCAGCAUGUGUUUCCAGCGGAAUCUGGCUGUGGGUCAAAGAAGUUGUGCGCUCUGGUAGAGAGGUCGAGUGGUCGGCAGAGAAGGAGCGUGGCCAGGUUGCCACGGCCAAUCUGCUACCAGAAUCAGUGGAAUGGAUGRACACGCUCAUGGGAAUUGUAUGGGGCCUGGUUAACCCAGACAUGUUCCAGGCCGUGGCCGACACUUUGGAAGAUGUCAUGCAAGCUUCUGUUCCUGGCAUAAUCGAGAACGUCCGGGUUGCAGAGAUCGACCAAGGCUCGAAUCCAAUUCGUAUACUCAGCUUGCGAGCGUUGCCGGACAGUCACAUGAGGGAUCUCAAGGAGGCUAUCCAUGAGGAGAACAAGAAGACGAAAGAUCCACAAGAAGCGGCGGCUGACGAAGAAGGAGGCGACUAUUACAAUCUCGAGGUCUCGUUCGCAUACCACGCUGAGCCAACUGGCAAACGCGCCUCCGACAAAGCUCGCAACAUGCAUAUGCAACUGGUCUUCUAUCUCGGCAUUAAGGGCCUUUUUGGGGUUCCACUCCCGAUUUGGGUGGAGCUGCAGAGUCUUGUUGGAACAGUCCGCCUGCGGAUGGCCAUGACCCCGGAGCCACCUUUCUUAAAGACCUUGACAUUCACCCUGAUGGGCGUCCCUCAGGUCACAGCGGGAUGUACGCCGAUGAUGGAAAAGGCACCUAAUCUUUUGAACUUGCCACUAAUAAGCCAAUUCGUAAACUACGCCAUCGGAGCCGCAGCUAGUAUGUACGUUGCUCCCAAGUCAAUGUCUCUGGAUAUGCGCGCUAUGCUACAAGGAGACGACAUCACCAAGGACACACAGGCUCUUGGUAUUCUCUGGAUCCGAAUCCACAAAGCAGUCGGACUGAGCAAGCAAGACAAGCGCGGCUCGCAAUGGGGUGGUUCGGAUCCUUACAUCACCUUGACAUUCAGCAAGUACGAGAAGCCCAUGUACUGCACUCGUGUCAUCACCGACGAUCUCAACCCGGUUUGGGAGGAGACUACUGCUCUACUGGUCACUCCUGAGCUUAUCAAGGCAGAUGAGAACCUCAGUGUUGAGCUUUGGGAUAGUGAUCGCCACUCUGCGGACGACAUUGUUGGCAAGGUGGAGCUUAGCAUGCAGAAGAUGAUUCAACACCCCGGAAAGAUGUAUCCUCAGAUCUCCAAGCUUGCCGGCAUGGACGAAGGCUCCGAGAUGCCUGGAGAGCUACACUGGGAGGUUGGCUACUUCGGCAAGCCUGCUUUCCGUUCCGCGCUACGAACGGAUGGAAAGAACAAGGCACUACCUGAUAGUCUGAAGGACAAGCCGGAGUUGCAGGACGAGAAGGGCGUGACGAACAAUGAAACCGAUGACGCGGUCAAAACCACUCCACCGGAUCCUCUGUGGCCUAGCGGUGUCUGCUCGAUCAUCAUUCAUCAGAUCGUCAACCUAGAGCUUGAAAACGUCAAGGGCACACAGGGAAGCCGCAAUGGCCGCGAAUAUGAGCCUGCGAAGCAGUACGGCGAGUCCACCGAGGAGGAGGGCGGCAACCUCCCAACCUCAUACUGCACCAUCUUAUUCAAUGACGAGCUUGUCUACCGCACCAGAGCCAAGGCCGUCAGCAGCAAGCCAAUCUUCAACGCCGGAACCGAGAGACAUGUGCGAGACUGGAGGAGCGCCAUCAUCACCGUCACAGUGCGUGAUUCUAGGAACCGCCAGCACGACCCUAUUCUCGGAGUCGUUCCUCUCAAACUUUCCGACAUUCUGGAAACCAGCAGUCAGGUCACAAGAUGGUACCCACUCGACGGAGGUAUUGGCUUCGGACGCAUCCGUAUCUCUUUGCUUUUCCGCUCAGUCGAGACCCGCUUGCCACCGCCGCAGCUCGGAUGGGAUGUAGGUACAUUCAUGUUCACGUCUCCCACCAUCACUGCCAAGGGCUACAACCACCAUGCGCGUAUCAAGCUCCGAACAGGUGGAUCUGUUGGAAAGAUUUCGCGUUCUUCUUGCCAUGCCUUGAAAGAGGGAGAGUCAGGAUAUUAUUGGGACUUGAAUGUUUCAGCACAGCACGGAAAGCAGGUCAAGCUGCCAGUCAAGUACCGUUACCGCUCACCCGUUGUGUUUGAGCUCCAUAUCGCCAACAAGCGCAAGGCGGAUGCGUACGCUGUCGUGUGGCUGCACGAGUUUAUCGAUAAUGAAGACGCCGAGCUUGACAUUCCAAUUUAUAGGACCUCAGCACCGGCCCGUCUGACACAGAACUACAUCACGGAGGAAAUGGCCGCCAGCAAAGAACAACCUGGACUCGAAGAUCUCGAGGUAGUCGGCAGAUUGCGCUUUACAGGUCGCUUCAAGGCCGGCAUGGACGAGAGCCACGAGCACUUCGUUGCUGACAACAACUCUCGAGAGACGUUUGAGACUUGGGAGGCUUGUCUAGCUGAGGGAGUCCGAACUCAUGUUGUGGAGAAGGAGAUUCCUGAACGCAUUCAGACACUGCACGAAAAGAGUCUCACCGAGGGUCGCGAUGUCUUGAAGGAAGCGUCUGAGGAAGAGAAGCAGAAAUGGCUCAGUAAGACUGGGACUGAUUGGAGUGGUGCUUUUGGUGAUGAUCCCGCCAAAUUCAUGGACAAGAACGGCAAGAAGAGGCGUGAGCCCGGCAGAGAUCCCCCUUUCAAGAAGGGCGAGGAUCCUGACAAUGAUGGUAUCACUGUCGAAGGUGAGGACGAAGAUGACGAGGAUGAUGAUAGCGACAGCGAUCUUGGAAUCCAGGAUGCAAACAAUCGCAUCGGCUCGCCCAGGUCUGGAGGACGCCAAUCUAUCGGCACGAUGGAGUCUGGCUGGACCGGCGGAACUGGUGGAACUACCGACACGGACGGAGGUCAGUCCAGCAAGGAUGUCAACAGACAGAACAAGAGGACCGAGGAGCGUAAGCAGCGAGGCCUCAUGCAAUGGAAGCCCGCCCGGAACCUCAAAUUCGCCAAGGAUGAGGGUGUUAUUGGUUUGAGGAAGCUCAAGGGCAAGAUUACGGGAGGCCUGGACGGUAGACAGCCUGGAGUGGAAACGGAGACGGGUUGA